AUGGCUACACCCGAAGUAGAGAAAAAUGCAAUCAAGGUGAUGAUAGUGGGCGACUCGAUUUCGCAUGGAAGAGAAGGCGAUUGGACCUGGCGAUACCGAAUCUGGGAGUGGUUCAGCCAAGAAGACAUCGACGUUCGCUUUGUGGGACCCUACAAAGGCACCAUUCCUCCCGAUGAGCCCCAUCCACCAUACCCGCCCAGGUUGCAAGACGAACCUCCCCAGCUGCCAGCACCCCUUCGCACCGAUGGAGGUUACGCUGCCGGAGUCCAUCCGGACUUCCUCUCCAACUGCCAUCACUUCGCCGCCAGUGGACAACAGGCGUAUGUGGCCAAGGACCUCGUCGCCGAGCAGGUGGCCGCCUACCAACCAGAUCUUUGCUUGGUCCAGCUAGGGUUCAAUGAUCUCGGCUGGCGGAUGUGCGGGCCCGCCGUGACCCUCGCCAGCAUAGGGCAGCUUCUGGAAGAGGCAAGGUCUGCGAAGCCAGAUCUGAAGUUUGCUGUUGCGAAUGUACCACAGAGGACUGACAUCCCGGGCCGUGAAGACUUGCCGAGAGACACGGACCUGUACAACGAUAUGCUUGCGCAGGCGAUUCAUUCUUGGGACACGGUCAAAUCACCCGUCGCGCUUGUCUGCUUCUGCGAAAACUACUCGUGCGGCGGCUCCAACUCGGACGCUGCCUAUGAUGGCCUUCACCCCAACGCCCUCGGCGAAUACCAGCUUGCCCAGGCCUUCUCGCGCACCCUGGUGUCAGACUUCUCCAUCGGCCGCAGCCCGCUUGUGAUUCCUGAACCUGUACCGCCUCGCCCCCUCCCCACCCCGGCUCGGUUCGGUGCCGCCUCAACCCCGGGUGGCAUCGUGGUUAGUUGGGAGCAUGUUUACGGCGCCCUGGGGUAUGACUUUCAACAUAGACUUGUCGAUGAUGACGAGUGGGCGACCACCCACUUGGACUGCAACAGAUACUACUGGCCGCCGUUGUGGGACGGCCAAGUGGUGGAAUGCCGGGUCCGCACCAGCGGUGGGGACAACUUCAAGUCUCCUUGGAGCAACGUUUCCGCAGCUGUUGCCAGACCGGAGACGCCACCGCCGCCUAGCAAUAUGGUCACACGCGCAACUGCGACUGGCUUCACGAUCACCUGGGAUCCCCCUCCGCCAUCCUCGUAUACCGGUGAGAUCGAUCGCUACGGCCUCAUCUACUUCGACUGCGAUCAGCCUGGUGCUUUCCCCGGUAUUGCGGGCGUGAGGGGAAAGAGGGCCGAGGCCUCCCGGCGGCGCACCCUCCGUGGUUGUGGGUGA